CCAGAAAUGGGAAAGAUAAAUCCCUCUGAGCACAAGCAUUAAAGCUGGGCUAGGAGCUUGACUCGUGGUGUCAUAGAUAGAGAUCUGAAGCCCAGCUCAAAUGAGAGGAAGUCCAUACAGAGAAUAUUAAAAUACCCUCCAACCAGAACAUUGAGUGGAGAUGAGAGGCAGCUCUUAUGGAAAUUUCGUUUCUCUUUGAUGUCUGAAAAGAAGGCUCUCACAAAGUUCCUUCGUUGUGUGGAAUGGAGUGACGUCCAGGAAGCAAAACAAGCUCUGGAACUGAUGGGAAAAUGGGAAAUGAUUGAUGUCUGUGAUGCGCUGGAACUCUUAUCUCCUGUUUUUGAAAGUGAAGAGGUCCGUGCUUAUGCAGUUAGUGUUCUUGGAAGAGCUGAUGAUGAAGAGCUUCAGUGUUACUUGCUUCAAUUGGUUCAGGCUCUUCGAUUUGAGCGCUCUGAUAAAUCUUGCCUUUGUCAUUUCCUUGUUGAGCGUGCGUUACGCAAUAUUGAAUUGGCCAGCUUUCUUCGCUGGUAUGUAACUACUGAAGUCUUCGAUCCUGUAUACGCCAAACGGUUUUAUUGCACAUAUGAGAUUCUGGAGGAGAAUAUGCUGAAGGCGGCUAUUGGUGUGAAUGGAGAGGAGGAUGGGAUUAAAUUGUGGCAUAGUUUGGUGCGUCAGACAGAAUUAACUGCUCAGUUGUGUUCAGUCUCAAGAGAAGUAAGAGGUACCCGUGGCAAUACCCAAAAGAAGAUUGAAAAGCUUAGAGAAGUACUUUCUGGGAUUUUUAGUGAACUUACCUAUUUUGAGGAGCCUAUACGUUCACCCUUGGCACCGAAUGUCCUCAUCACUGGGAUCAUACCAUCAGAGUCAUCAAUAUUUAAGAGCGCAUUGCAUCCUUUGCGACUUACCUUUAGAACAGCAAAUGGGGGUACUUGUAAAAUCAUGUUUAAAAAGGGUGAUGAUAUUCGGCAGGACCAGUUGGUUGUUCAAAUGGUUUCACUCAUGGAUCGAUUGCUAAAGUUAGAAAAUCUUGAUCUGCACUUAACGCCAUACAAAGUUCUUGCAACUGGACAAGAUGAAGGCAUGUUGGAAUUCAUUCCAUCUCGUUCAUUGGCACAGAUCCUGUCAGAGCAUCGUAGUAUUAUAAGCUAUUUGCAGAAGUUUCAUCCUGAUGACCAAGGUCCUUUUGGCAUUACAGCUGCCUGUCUUGAAACAUUUAUUAAAAGCUGUGCUGGCUACUCUGUUAUCACAUAUAUACUUGGGAUUGGAGACAGGCAUUUAGACAACCUCCUCCUUAGAGAUGAUGGACGUCUUUUCCAUGUUGAUUUUGGCUUCAUUCUCGGGCGAGAUCCUAAGCCAUUUCCACCUCCAAUGAAGCUUUGCAAGGAAAUGGUUGAGGCUAUGGGGGGAGCUGAGAGCCAGUAUUAUACAAGGUUCAAGUCCUAUUGUUGUGAAGCAUACAACAUUCUUCGCAAAUCUAGUAACCUAAUUUUGAACUUAUUUUAUUUAAUGGCGAGUUCCAAUAUUCCUGACAUUGCUUCUGAUCCUGAAAAAGGAAUUCUGAAGCUUCAGGAGAAGUUUCGGUUAGACUUGGACGAUGAAGCUAGUAUACAUUUCUUCCAGGAUCUUAUCAAUGAGAGUGUUAGUGCAUUGUUUCCUCAGAUGGUUGAGACCAUUCAUCGCUGGGCUCAGUAUUGGCGCUAACCCCAUUAUUAUCAACUCAAAGUUCAAACUGCUUCGCAUGUCCGGAGGCUUCUGAAUUCUGCAUUUAUUCUUGGAACUUCAUCAGCCGGAAGGCAGUGAGUCUGUCUGUUACUGUAUAUAAUAUAUAGUUUCUUUCAUUCUCCUGGCUAAAUUAAUAUGAAGACGCCAGCUUAGCUUAAUUUCUGUGUCGUCCUCUAGCUAAAGUCCGCUUAGGUUGAAUCGAAUUUCUCAUUGGCGUAGUAAUUGUUUAUUUAGUGAAUUAUGAUCUUGUACUUCAUGCACUCUCCUGUCAUGGGAUGAUGUUAUGGACUUUUCAAUUGGAAGUAGGGCAAAUAUAUAGUAUGAUAGCUACAUAAUGUUGAGUUGUUAAAAAAGCGCAA